GCGAUCGGAGAUCAAACCCUAACACACUCUUCCUCUCUGCGAAUCCAAUUCUUUUUGGUAUCAAAAUUUCUUCGAUCAUCUCGCUCUCACGAACACUCUCUGAUUGCGAUUGAGAUUAACCCUAACACACACACUAUUACCAUUCCGAUUCUGGUUCCAAUGGCCAUGAGCGGUGCUUCUCCCAAUCAUUCUCCCAAACCCGGCGUUCCUUCGCCCUGGAGCCAGAUUGUCGCCGCCGCCGCGCCUCCCUCCUCGCCGCCGCUUGUCGAUUCCUCCGCCGUGAAAUCCGCCCCGGCUGAAGAUUCCGACAACGGCCACAAUGUCAACGCUGGAAAGAGGACUGCGUGGAAUAAACCCUCCAAUGGCGCUUCUUCUUCUGUCAUGGGCGCUGAUUCCUGGCCCGCCUUGUCAGAGUCCGCCCGUGCUCCGGCGAAAUCGCCGUCGCCUUCGCCGUCCGAAUCGGCGAAGGCUCCGAUAGACGCAUCGUCCAUUCCACCAUUGCAGGGUACUGGAAGCGUGGUUCCCUCUCCACAGAGGCAAGCUAGGGAUAAUGCAAGCGUGAGCAAUUCUGUGCCGACUUACCAGAAAUCUUUCAAGCGUAGCAAUUCGAACACCUCUGCUAAUGGAGGCCACCCGGGGGCACAAUUGUCAGUGCAUCAAGGUUCAAUGGCAGCUACUGGGUCCCACAACUAUAAUUCAUCUCCAAGAGACCAUCAAACUAGAGCUGGUUUUGUGUCUGCUGAUCACCCCCAGCAGCGCAAUUCAUUUAGGCACCGGAAUGGCGGCGGCCCCCAUCAGCGUGCAGAUGGGGGUCACCAUCAUAAUUAUGGGGGUAGGCGUGAUCAUGACCGCGGAAAUUCUGACUGGAAUGCUCACCGAAAUUUUAAUGGUAGAGACAACUAUAUGUCUCAGAGAUAUAUGCCAAGAUUCAUGAGGCCUCCACCACCUCCUAAUCCUGCUCAGUUAUUUCCACCACCUCCACCUCCUAUGCGUCCAUUUGGGGGCUCUGUUGGGUUUCCUGAACUACCUCCUCAUGUGGUAUAUGUUCCAUCUCCACCCCUGGACACAUUGAGAGGUGUUCCUUUUGUGUCUCCAAUACCACCUAAUGCAAUUUAUUUUCAACCUCCUGAUCCUCAGUUGCAUACUAAGAUUGUCAACCAGAUUGACUACUACUUCAGUAGUGAGAAUUUAGUUAAAGAUAUAUACCUGCGGCGGAACAUGGAUGAACAAGGUUGGGUCUCUAUAAAUUUAAUAGCAGGCUUCAAGAAAGUAAGGUAUUUGACUGACAGUGUCCAGAUUGUGCUAGAAGCUGUUCGAACUUCUUCUGUUGUUGAAGUUCAGGGUGCCAAAAUAAGGAGACGAAAUGAUUGGAAGAGAUGGAUCAUGCCUCCUUUUGAGCAUCCUAAUGUUACAAGCUCUCAAACCGUUGCACAGCUGGCAGAAAAAGUUCAAAGCAUUGCUCUGGAAACAACUAACAAUGAUGAUGCGGGAGGAUUAGAUGUUUCACAGAAUAGAUCUUAUGGGGAUUUGAAUAGUCAAUAUCUGCAUUCCACUAGCGAGGGUACUAGUCAAGUUGGUAUUCAAGUUUCAGAUCAUUCUAUUUCUGCAAGAAAUUAGAGCUGCAGAUGUUCUUUAAAACAAUUUUUUGGAGAAUGCUCUUCAGUGUGAUGGUGGAAGCAGGGAUCAUAGUCUCAAUUUUACAUAUGACACGGUGGGACAUGAUUUCUCAUGAGGUAUCUAGGAAAACAUGAUUGAAAAAUGGAAAGAAAAUACCUUCUAUAAAACAGAAAAAAGACCAAAUGGUAAAAAUGCCCCCGAGAAAAGGCACAGUUAUGUUUUGUGUUAUGGAGCUGGGACUUGUUUAUAUGGGGUGAAAUGUUCCUACUCUGAUGAUCGGAUGGUUGUUUGCUAAUACGGGGAUUAUUUUUUGUUUUUAUUCCCCUGAAUUCCCCUCAGCUGCUUUUUAUAAUCUUUGGGGUCGUCUUCCCAUCAGAUAUAGGAGCAUUGUAUGUGAGAUCAUGUCAUGGGUGUUGAAUGAGUUUGAUAGCUACUAGUUGACUAUGAGUGAAGGGAAAGACGGCAUUCUGCUGAUGGAGCUUUACAGAAUGAUUGUAUGAUGUCCUUUGCUAUUUCCCUUCGCAUCACAUUU